AGUAAGAACUGCUGGCCAAAUAUAUAUUUGGCGCCAGUCCACUUCUAUAAAACAACCUGCUGACAACUAAUAUGAUCCGUCUAGUGCGCAUGCGCAGCUAGAAAAGUAAUAUGGCCGCUAAGGUGGAGAUGUCAGUUCUGUCAGACACGAAUAGAUAACGACGUCACACCUUAAGCAGCAAACCUAACCUCCAUUUUUGUUUAUAUUUGUGUUUCCAAGUUUGUUAAAUCCACGAUUAAAUUGUACAAAAUACCUGUAUCUGUUAAUCCACCCUUACAUGGUAGCAGAGCUUGUGACGUUAAAAGCAAUCCACAAUUAAGAAGAAGUUAAGUGUUAAGUAAUAAAAUGAGUUAUCAAGAAGAAAUGAUUCAAAUGGAUCAAUCCCACGUGCCAGCCAUGGAAGUUCCAGAAAACAUUUUCGAGAUGCUGACCAACCAAAGUUUUGUGCGACUACUUGCAGAAAAGCUUGGAAAUCUAAACAAUCCGAACACGUCCACGUGUAGCGGAUCCGAAAUAACAGAGAAGGUGACCAUGCCGGCGUUUGUGAUACCGCAUUACGAAAACAGUGACAAGUUAAAGGGCCACUCCAACUAUAGGUCAUGGAAACAAAGAGUCGAGCGUGACAUGCUUGCUCUAGGACGCUCCCAAUUCCUGAAAUACGACAUGGGUGGACCAGACUGCACAAUGACUAAAGAAGAAAAGCACAUGUACAAUGCUCAAGUGCUACAAUAUUUGGAAGCAUCGUUGCAGCAUGCUCCCAAAACUGUGAUAGAAAAUGAGCAGUCAGCAGCCGAAGCUUUCCAAAAGCUGACACAAAUGUUUGGAAAAAAUGACGUCCAGAAGAUGGUUGAACUACUGGACAACUUCGGCAAGACGGUGUUCUACCCAAGGAUGAAUCCGGUCAAUUUCGUCUCCCAGUUCGAGAAGGGUAUACAAGAAUUCAAGGAACUAGGUGUUCCAUUGGACCCAAAAAUAGUGGUGGCGUAUUUCCUUCACAAGGUUAAGAAUGCUAAUGGAUUCCUGGCAUUCUUUACAACGAUGACCACUUUACCCGAGGCAACCAGAACCUAUGAGUUUGUGAAAAAUGCAUUUCUAGAGGUAGCAAACUGCCAGUAUUUCAGAGAGGUUGACAACAAGAGUCGACAUGAUAGGUCAUAUAGGGAGCCCCAUACGAAGAAAGAAACAAAUUCUUUCAAAAGUCCUUCGUAUUUUAAACAGGAGAAAGGAGACAGUAGUCCCUAUUCUAUCGAGCAACUGAAAAAAAUUAGGAAUAUGACGCCAGCUGAAAAACGAGAAGCCAGCUGUAAAAAGUGUGGUUUAUUAUUCCAUCGGUCAGCUGCAUGUACCAACACGGAGAGAUUCUGUUAUUACUGCCAUAAAAAAGGUCACGAAAAGAAGGACUGUAGGAAACUCAAGGAAUACAAACCGAAAAAUUAAGAAGAAAAAUAUCACUAGUUUUCGUUUCGGAAGGCGUGUAUAGAGUAUCAGCAAGGAUAAAUUCAAGUGGAACGAAUAAUGUUAAUGUUAAUAAUGUCAAUUAUAAAGAAAAUAAAAGUACAAAUAAAAUGUUUAA